AUGAUGAGCAACUGUGGCAGCAAGCUCCGGGACCGAGAAUACGAAGAAGCACAGAAAUUUGAACAUGCGCCCCCAGAUGGGCCGGGUGACAUCGAUGAUGAUGACUUUUGGAUUGGCCCCGACCGUCGCUGGGAGGAGCAACCUGUAGAGCAGCUUAUCACGUACAUGGGAAACGUUGAGAACUACUAUUUCUAUGGGCAAGGUCAAGAUCUUGUUGACCGUGACCUCUCGGCACUGACUGCUGACGGCGACUCGUUCCCGGAUCUACUGCCAAAUAGACCCAAUCUGGCAGUUCGAGAGCCAGGACCAGAUGUCAGCGAUGCAUCGCUACCAUUGAUACCAUCCUAUCUCCACUCUUCUGGGAUUCUUCAAGAGAGAAGCAUGGGAGGAAAUGAUGCGACAAUCGGCUUGUACCAAGCGCUACCUUCAGAUGAGCAUAUAAGACUGCUCGAAAUUGUCCCAGGUGACUGCGAGCAGAUCGAGUGCCGGUUACAUGUGGUAGCAUUGGCAGAAGCAAAAGAUACAUUUGAAGCUCUCUCGUACUCCUGGGAUUGUGGCACUCCAGAGUAUUCGGACACAGUCAGAACUCAUUUGAUCAUAUGUAACGGGUUUGGAACAGUGGUCAGGCAUAACCUCUACAGUGCUCUGAAGAAGAUGCGCAGGAAGUCCGCCUCCAGGAUGGUCUGGGCCGAUGCGCUCAGUAUCAACCAGGCCGACCUUGUCGAGAGAAGCCACCAGGUCACGUUGAUGAAUUCGAUCUUCAAGUCUGCAUACCGUGUGUACAUCUGGCUCGGGGAAAAUGGAGCAAACGACAAUGGAGACAACAUGCCCCCCUCGACAGUUAGGCUACCUCACCGAGCAUUCUCAGACGUAUGCCGUAUUGUCAAUGCCUGGAGAAAGCUGGCUGGCCUCGUGGACCAAGUUCCAAUCGCAAAAUGUACGCCGCAGCUACCCACCCAAAGGUCUGACAGCGAGAUAGACAAGCCUCUUCGAGCCAGUUGGUCUGAGUGGUGCGAUGUUCUGACGCUGUUCAGAUGCCGUUGGUUCCAUCGACUCUGGGUCAUUCAAGAAGCCGCUGUGGCUCGCUCAGCUCUGGUGGCCUGGGGCGAUUGCGAGAUAGCUUGGGAGUGGGUCGGGCUGGCAGCAGCUAUUCUCCGGACAAACUAUGGGAGGUUAAGAAGGGAAACGAGCGCACUGAGCGCACAUGAAGCCGAGAGCAGAGCCGUGCCUACCGGUGUGCUGAAUGCAUACUUCAUGUACCGGGUCUCCGAGUCUCAACGCUAUUUCACUCCCUUGCGCUUCUCGCUUUCCCAGCUGCUCAGCCUGACGCGGCAAUUCGACUGUCAGGACGAUCGGGAUCGAGUAUACGGACUCCUGGGCAUACCAAUGACCGACAAUGCUUCGAAAAAUAUUGUUCCAGACUACAACAAGUCCAGCACCGAGGUCUACAUUGAGCUGGCUCAGGAGAUCAUCCGUCAUUCUCUGUCUCUCAAUCUCUUGUCGAGCGUUCAACGACAUUACACCAGCUUCUGGGACCACUACUACCAGCCGCGAGAACAAGAUUUUGACGAAAACGCACCAUCGUGGGUACCCCAAUGGCACGUCGUGUUUGCCCAAACUCUGGCCCUGUUGAGUCCGCAUCCAAGCUUUGCCGCUUCGGCGCGAGAACCUGUGAAGGUCCGAUCCUGCGCUGAAAGUACUAAGCUCACGCUUCGCGGAGUAAUAUUGGAUCGAAUUUCAGCAUUUGAGCGGUCCAAUUUCAGAGAUUUCUGGCGAGGUGAACGCCCGAGCGAGUUCUGGGGCCGCCAUAGGGUGGUAGAGAGUUUGGAAACUAUUCUAAAGGAGGCUUCCUUGACGAAGAGGAAGAUAGAAGGUAUUGCAAUGACCAUUACCGGCGGCAAAAACUGGUACGGACUCCCGGUACAGGAUUUAUCUAUCCACCUGGCGGACUUUGCCAAGUGCCUCCUGAAAGAAGGGCUUGUCUGGUCACUCAAGAUGACGGCAUUUGGAUCAUCAUAUGCAGACAGCAGCAACGACUGGGAGACCAUCCGUUCGGACGAUUCAGACAAAGAAUUGGCACCCAGAUGGAUCAAACCCGGCGACCUUAGCAUUGGUUCAGCAUCAACGUCAUCUUCGGAUAUUGUGACCUUAGAAGUGCUGGAGGAGCUUUCUCGGGGUGGCAAUGCCGACCGUUUCUUGGACGCCACGGCGACGACCUGUGUAAGACGUGCCCGGUUCACAACAGGGUCUGGUUUGAUCGGAGUAGGACCAGAGGCCUUGGUUGUAAACGACCUUGUUUGCGUCCUGUACGGGGGCGAUGUGCCAUUCAUCAUCAGGCCGAAGGGGACAGCUUUUGAACUGAUUGGAGAGUGCUAUAUCAGAGAUCUCAUGCAUGGAGAGGCAGUAGAAAUGCUUGCCCGGCCAGGCUGCGAGAUUGAGGAAACGUGGAUCGAGCUUGUAUGA